AUGUCAGCUAUGCUGAAAUCCCUAGAAGAUUACAUCGUAGAAAUGGAAAACCGUAGUGCCAUCAACCCCAACCAUACCCAGUCCGAGGAUGUGUGGACUCAGCUCCAGCAGAAGGAGAACGACCUGUUGCUGGCCGCAGAGCUGGGCAAGGCCCUUCUGGAGAAGAACGAAGAACUGAAGAAGCAGCACGAAGCGGUCAUCGAAGACUACUCAAAGAAGUUGGAGGCCGUCGAACAAGACCGCCACCUCCUCAAACGUAAACUCGCCAACAAAGAAUCAGAAUUUGAAGGACGAAUCCUCGAAUUACAAAAUGAUAUAACCGAACUAUCGAAUAAACUAGCGUCGAAAGAAUCCAUAUUAAAACAAUGGGACCGAGAAAAAAGCACCUUAGUUGCCGAACUAAACGCCCAAAACGCGCGUUUAACCGUUCAGCUGAAAGAAGCCGCCACCGUCGAAUCACAGUUACAACAACAAAUCGAGUGUUUGAAAGAAGAGUGUUCUUUAGGCAAAACGAACUUGCACGAGCAUAUGAACAGUGUGGAGGGGUUAAGGGACGAGUUAGAUUUAGUGUCGGAAAAGAACAAGGAGUUGGAAAGGAGACUGCAUCUGGCGGCAGCGGAGCGGGAUAGUUUGGCAAACGCGUUAGAGGAAGCUUCUGAUAGGAUCCUCCUUUUGGAAAGGCACGCCCGGGAGCAGGAUUUAAGGUACCAGCACUCGUUGAAGGAUUAUUCGUUGCCGCAGGAGAAGCUGUCUGUAGAGGAUAGACUGAAUGCCGGUGAACAACGAUCUCUCUUAGCAGAAAUGGAUAUCAGCGAACCCACGCUUUCUCAAGAAUGCAUGUCCGUUUACCGGCAGCUGCGAUCCCUGGUCCAGCAACUGAAAUCGCACAACGACGAUGACAGCGGUUUGCAUUCCGACUGUUCUACGACAUCGUUCGAAGAAAAUGCCCAAUUUUCCGCAGGACUUCUCAGCGAAGUUGCCCAAGAGCUAGUCGGUUUAGUUCUCGACACGGACGUCGUCAGACUGCUUGAGCGGCUGGAGCAAGCCCGAAGGGAAAUCCAAGACCGCGAUUCCGAACUGCAGCGGCGAUCCGAGAAACUCAUGGAACUGAGUAGUAAAGUUUCAGUUUGUGAAGUAGAACUUCAGGCUGUUAUCGAAGAGAGAGAUCGAGCGAGGAACGACGCCUCGAAUUCUUCUUUGGCCCAAGAAGAUGUGGUACUGAGGGCGAGAGAGGAUAGGGAUGUAGCCAUACAGAGGAAGACGAAGGCGGAGGUUGAACUGGCGAAGACGAGAGUCGAGUUGAUGCAGGCGAACAGCCAGCUGCUAGAAGCGAUCCAGCAGAAGGUGGAGCUGAGCCAGCAGCUGGAUCAGUGGCAGAUGGACAUGCAGGAGCUGCUGGAUGAGCAACUUAAGCACAAGCUCACGUCCCACGAGGUGACCAUGAAGCAAAUCGUCGAUACGCCAGUGGCGCCCCCUAGAAGAAGACUUUUGGGUUUCUUCCUCCGAUAGCAUAUCAUGAAAAAAAUUGCGAACUUUGUGGAGUUUAGUUUGCACAGAUCAGAUUAUUUAUUAUGUAACUUCACUCAAGUUUACAUUUUCGUUUUAUUUUGGAUUGCUUUCGUGAUUUUCGUGUGUACUUUUAAAAUGUUACGGAACGUGACAGUUUUUUUUAUUGUGAUCUGUCGAUUUGCAGAGUGAUACUGCAAGCUCUCCCUGAUGGGGCUAUGUGUAAUAAAAAGGAUGCAGUUCUGUGAUUUAAGAUUUUUUUAAUGAUGUAGCUAAUUACUUAUAUAGAAAUUUUUAAUUAUUUGUAUGAGUUUUUAGGAUUAAUUUAGUUACCAAAACACGAUUUUGGUCUUGAUAGCCUUUAAUCCGUCCGUUUGCUAACUAAUGUUGUUACCUUGAAUCUUGUAAAAUGUAAAUAGAUUAUUUUAUCAA